AUGCUUGACACCAAGACUCACCUCUCUACCUCUGCUCUUUCACAGAUGGAUCUUGGGCAAGCCAUCUACAAGCAGAACCACAGUACCAUGCAAGAAUUCAUCUUGAUGGGAUACCACGAAUACCCUGCCCUCCUCUUUGCUAUCUUCCUGGCCACAUACACAGCCAUCCUACUGGGGAAUGGUCUGAUUGUGGUGGUGACAAUGCUGGACCCUGCCUUACACACUCCCAUGUACUUCUUCCUGCGUAGCCUGUCAGGACUAGAGAUGUGUUAUACUUCUGUCACCCUUCCUAUGAUGGUGGCCAAUCUAGUGUCUGGAAAUCAUUCAAUUUCUCUGCCAGCUUGUGCUUCACAGUUGUUUUUCAUGCUCUUCCUGGGUGGAACUGAGUGCUUCCUGCUGGCAGCCAUGGCCUAUGACCGCUAUCUUGCCAUUUGUCUGCCUCUCCAUUAUAUGACAAUCAUGAGCCGUGGAGUGCGUGUGGGAAUGGUGGCAGGCUCAUUUGUCAUCAGCCUUCCCAUGCAGUUGGUGCAAAUUGAAAUUAUCUUCUCCUUGCCUUUCUGUGGAUCCAAUGAAAUUGACCAUUUCUUCUGUGACAUCCCACAGCUACUCAGCCUGGCAUGUGCUGAUCUUCAUUCCAAUGAGAUGGCUCUAUACUUUGAGAGUACCACAUUUGUUAUAAUCCCCUUUCUCUUCAUUUUGGCCUCUUAUGUACAAAUCACCAGGACCAUUUUGCAUAUGCCAUCAGCCACAGGGCGCCAGAAGACCUUCUCCACAUGCUCAUCCCAUCUGACUGUGGUCAUUCUUUUUUAUGGCUCUGCAGCAAUUGUGUACCUGCGUCCCAAGACUCCAGAAUCUGUGAAGGUUGACAAGUUGCUCUCCCUGCUAUAUACUAUCAUCAUUCCCUUUUGCAACCCUCUUAUUUAUACCCUGAGAAACCAGGAGGUAAAGACUGCCUUUAGAAGACUAUUAGGAAGGAAAAGAACUUUGAAAAUGGGCACAAGGAUAAAUGGCUGA